CUUUUGAUUGCGAUAUUUUGAUUCCGUCGUAUCGCUCGCUCCGCCGGACGCGGUAACGAGACCAAGUCGCCAAGAUGAGAUUAUCGACGAGGUAGCGAACGACGAACAUAACUCAUAUCGCUCAUUGAACAGUGCAAGGGUAGCAAGGACGGUAUCUCAAGUGCGGCCCGAAGUGACUCUCGGACGGAUACGACGUCGCCAGUCCUUGCGCUCGAGCCAGUAUUCGACGUGGACUGGCCACAAACCAACCUAGCGGACAUCCGCAGCUCAUCCCUCUCCACACGGUCGACAUCAUCACUUUCCAGCCGCCAUGUCGCUCCCUAUGCACUUGAGAAACUAUAAGGAGAAGUCGAAAGAUGAGCAGACUAGGGACUUCUUUAAUGUCCCUGUUUGGGAUGCCGUUCCUUCACCGAACGAAGAACCAGUAACAACCAAGCCUAGAGGUGUGAAGGAUGGAAGCUCGAGUGGUGGACUACAAGGGAUGGACAUCAAUGCGGUCUUGAGCGUCGAGGGGAAAGAGGAAGUAUAUGCUGGUCGGCUAUCCUUGUUGCCGCCUUUCCUGUGCUUCAUCUCCCUAGAUAGAAGAUCAUGUCGAUGCACGCUUCCCCUGUACACAAUCCGAAGAGUUGAAAGGCUCAACUCUCGCGCCGGUGUAUUCGCUUUAUCUCUCGCAACAUGGCACGGAAUGAGAAUUAUCCUACAGCUCACCUCGCUACUACCCACCGCAGAACACUUCUCGAUUCUCCUUCGAGACGCCUUGAAAUCUCAGUUAACAUCUAUGAAAUCGCUCAAACCCUUCCUGCCUUCCCUCUACUCUGAAUACCUACUCACGACAUCUUCGUCUUCAGCUCAACAACAGAACCCAGAUCAUCUGUUACUUGGGACUGAGCUGGGCGAAAAGUCAGGGACAGCAGCGGGUAACGACGGCGAAGGAGACUUGAGAGGUCCGGGAGGAGAUGGAAAGGGGUCGUACCAGAGAGGGCUGGGCGAGACAUUCGGAUUUCCUGGUGAUGCUCGGAAAAUGAGAGAGAGGAGCAAGAUGAAGCUGUGGAAAGAGUAUUUUAUGAUACACGGCAGAAAUUUCACCUUGCUGCGGUAUCCACCAUUCCAACGACUGCUGCAAGUCGGUCUUCCAUCCCGUCUUCGAGGAGAGCUAUGGGAAGUCAUGUCAGGUUCAAUCUAUCUGCGCUUCGCGAACCCACAGACAUACUCUCUGUUGCUUUCUAACAACAAGGGCAAAUCAUCACAAUCCACAGACGAAAUCGAGAAGGACUUGAACCGUUCUCUACCAGAAUACAAGGCGUACCAGACCGAAGAGGGACUGGCGAGGUUGAGGAGAGUUCUCGUCGCGUAUAGUUUCCGCAAUCCGGAGCUUGGAUACUGUCAAGCUUUGAACAUCGUCGUUGCAGGUCUCCUGAUAUACAUGUCUGAGGAUCAAGCUUUCUGGCUCUUGGAAGUUUUGUGUGAUCGCAUUCUCCCUGGCUACUACAGUCCCUCGAUGGAGGGUACUCUGCUUGACCAGAGAGUUUUCGAGGCUCUGGUCCAGCGCUGUCUCCCGAUGAUCAAGGACCACUUCGCAUCGGUCGAUGUACAGCUUUCAGUGGCCUCAUUACCAUGGUUCCUCAGUCUGUACAUCAACUCGAUGCCCUUGAUCUUUGCGUUCAGGAUUGUCGACUGUGUCCUUGCCAUGGGAGUCAAGGUGCUAUUCCAGAUUGGUCUAGCCGUUCUCAAGAUCAACGGGGAGGCCCUGCUCGAGGUGACCGAUGAUGGAAUGUUUAUCAGUCUCAUGCGCGACUACUUUUCCACCAUUGGAGACUCUGCUCAUCCGAAUCACCCGGAUCCACGGGUCAGAGCCAUCACCAAUUUCCAGGAACUCCUGGUCGUCGCUUUCAGAGAGUUCAACAUCAUCACCGACGACACGAUCCAAGCUGAACGAAGACGGCUUCGAGCGAUAAUCUCGGACGAGAUCGAAAAGUUCUCCAAGCGUGCCGCAGUGAGAAACUUGAAAAAAGUAGGAUCUUUCGACAAGGAUGAGAUUGGAUCGAUCUACGAUUACUACUUUACCGCUGUUUGUUCACCUGAUGGAGGACCCGCGAACGGCGGUAGUGGAUCAUCGUCGCCCAAGUUCGGAGAUCAAUUUGAUCAGCCUCGACUUCAGGUCGACGCGCAAGGUCGGGUGGAGACUCGUAUAGAUCUCAAGACCUUCAGAGUCUUCUUGAGUGAAAUCGCGACGUGGGCAAGAGAGGAGACAGUCACUACGAAUGCGUUCAUCCAGCGGACAGAACGCAGAUUGGCAGAUCAUGAGUUGAUCGAUAGGCUGUUCUACAGCUGGGACACGCAAGCGCAGGGGACACUCUCUUUGCAGGAUGUGGUGAUUGGCCUGGAUCGAGUCAUGCAUGCGGGCUUGAUGGAGUCUAUAGAGUGGUUUUUCAACUUGCACGACAAGGAUAAAGAUGGAUUCUUGACCAAAGAUGAGGUGAUACAGCUCUCUGAGUCGUUAUUGUUUGUGUUCCGAAACGAGCCCGGGGAUAUCUACCUCGCUGCAGUAUCCAAGUUCAUCCUCAACGCAUAUGAAUUCGGAGAUGCGAAUUCGCCACAUCCGAUAUCAUCUCCUGACGGUGUUCCGAGAGGAGACCAGGAGUCAGCGUCGCAUGUUCGCGAGAGAUCAGAUUCGACGUCUGGACCUCACAAUCUGCCGUAUCUCAACCUCGCAACGUUCCGCAUGGUCGUGCUUGCCGAUGAGCUUCUAGAGGGUUUCUUUGGACAUGAUCUCGCCGCCUCGUUCCAGCUCGAUAAGACGGUAGACGAAGACUAUCACCAGGCACAUCAGAAGCCUGAGGGUAUUCUGGGUGGAUUGAUGAACUUGGUCGUCACAAACGAAAACAAGAGCCGCUUGAACCGCCUCGCCGAUGGAUUUGGAGCUGCCCUGGGUAAACAUGCCGAAUGGCGUAAACCUUCCCUUGCCAAGACCCUGCCUUCAUCUUCCUCUCAACUAUCGGAAUUGGGUACACGUGAAUCUCUCUUGACGCCAGCACAACAAGAACAAAGGCGGAAUCGAUCCGUUUCAGCCGCCUCGCAAGCAUCUGCCCGAUCGACAUCUUCGUCUGUUGGGACGCCAGAAUCGAGAAGUCUUGCAGAUGUCGAAGCGAAGUACAGGGAGGAACAGGAUUUGGUCCGACAAGCUCAGGAAGCAGUCAUGCAUCGACCAAACUUUGCAAUCGACGCCAUUGGAGAUAGUGACGGGGAGGAAGAAGAAGAAGAGGGUGAGGGUGGCAGAGGGGCAGAUGAUGCUGUCAUGGAUGAGGUCGAAGCCUUCCUCAAGGCUCACGGAGACGAUGAUGGCGGCCUUAAAGGAGAACAGAAAAAGCAAGCAGAGGACCUGCUUAAAGCUGAACCGAUGGGAGGAGGUGUAUCUGCGAAUAACAAACCCGGUAGACCAAGUGGAGAGGGUGGACUCAUCGAUCUGUAAAACUUAGAUGGUCAUGAUGGCAUUGACGUGUAUUUGAGCUAUAUCCAUGGUGCAUAGCCGCGCGGUCGAUGUUCCCAGAGUCCGGGAUCUCGAUGGGUGCCAAGUCACUGACAGGACAUGGAAGGAUGAUGCAUGAAAUGGACCUGCG